GUCGGUGGCUCCAUGGUGCAAGUUUUGCUCAAGUGUCCCGGAGGCAGCGACUGAGGGAAGUGGGUCCCGUCAAGCGGCUCAGACACAGCACACACACGCCCACCCCUUCUGUUGAAGAGUCGGGACUCGAGACGUUAAUUGUGCUCCCUUCCCAGAUGCUGCCGGACCUGCUGAGUUUUUCCAGGUGUGACCUGGUGAUAUGGAAAUUGUAAUAAUAUGGAUGGAAUUUUAACUGACAUACGUACAAAUUAAACUAGGCUUCAGCAGUCUUAAGUUUGGUCUCUUCCAAGGCUUGUUCUUUCACUGCGGGAGUGUCAAUCCAAUUCAAUUCUCCUUAGCUGCGCCUUGCCUGACUUGUGGGAGAGGUGCGGCGAUGGUGGAGGAGGGAGGAACGGAAAAUUGAGGUCGCUCACAAUUUCUAAAAAAAUGCCUUCACAGCGUGCCACUGUCAGCAAUGCUGAAUACAAGGUGGUGCCUCACACCAGGGUUGAUGAUGAAUUUGCAAUUCGGCAAAUCUAUAGCUUUGGCCAAAGGUUGGGACAAGGCAGCUAUGGGGUAGUGAUUGAGGCCACACAUAAUGGGACUGGCAAGAAGUGGGCAAUCAAGAAGGUCAACCGGGAAAAGGCUGGGAGUUCAGGGGUAAAACUGCUUGAACGGGAAGUCAGUAUUUUAAAGCAAGUGGACCAUGAACAUAUCAUUCAUCUGGAAGAGGUGUUUGAAACACCAAAACGAGUAUACCUGGUGACAGAGGUCUGUGAGGGUGGAGAACUCAGUACUAUCCUUCACAGAAAGAAACACUUAAGUGAGAAAGAGACGAGGCAUGUGAUUCGAAGCCUAGCAAGUGCAAUUGCUUACCUACAUAAAAAUGAUAUUGUUCAUCGGGACCUAAAACUGGAAAACAUCUUGGUUAAAAACAAUGAAAGCAACAGUGAAAUUGACAUGAAACUGAACAUCAAGGUGACUGAUUUUGGACUUUCUGUGCAGAAAGGGGGUGUUGGCAGUGACAAAAUGUUACAGGCAACCUGUGGAACACCUUUGUAUAUGGCUCCAGAAGUUCUCAGUGCCCAUCAAUACACCCAGCAGUGUGACACAUGGAGCAUAGGAGUCAUUAUGUAUACAUUGCUUUCUGGAGAUCCACCAUUUGUGGCUAACUCAGAAGAAAAACUUGCUGAGUUGAUAAAUAAGGGGGAACUGCGCUUUGAUGAUUCAGUCUUGCAGGAAAUUAGUGAUGGUGCAAAGGAUGUACUGUCACGUCUUUUAAAAGUGGAUCCUGCACAUAGAAUUACAGCGAAUGAGCUUCUUGACAACCCGUGGGUCACGGGUGACACUACAGCCACACAAAGGCCACCAAAUGUGCUUGAAAUGAUGAAACAAUGGAGAGACAACCUGGAUGGAGAUGAAGAAGGAUCAAGUCCAAAUAGUUCUCUUCCAAGCAGUAUUUUUCGAGAUAUACAAACUAGCCAGGAAAGUGGAGAGGGUUCUACCAGUGGCAAUGGUACCUCAAAUAGUUCCAGGGAAAUUGACGCUGCUGGUAGCCAGCUCUGCACUCCAUCUAAGCAGAGCUUGAAGAAGAAUACCAUUACGAGCUUUUCUGUAGAUGGAUCACUUCCUGUGAAGAGAAACAACAAGUUCAGCAGCAACCUUCCUGGGAGCAGCAAGGCUUCUCCAAAGCUAAGCAUGAAACGAUCACCAUUACAAGAUAAACGAACAUGGUCACCCACACAUCUGAUCCCAUCAAUCAGAUCAGGUUCUAUCUCUGGUAAGCCAGAGGUACGUAGAUCCAUAACCCCAACUGCUGAUGGUUCUGGAUAUAAAUACACAAAUAAGUCUACUCCCAAAACCAAAAAGAGCACAUAGGAUAAAGAAUUUUAACAUCAAAACCACUAAACUUCAAAAUGAUGCCAAAUGCAAAUACUUCAAAAAGGAACCAUGGAUUGCAAUGUUACAAGAUGACUUUGGCUUUCCUCUCUUUGCUGCUGACCACUAUGAGUACAUGAAGGUUUUUUUUUACUUAUAUAUUUCACUUGGUAUUAUACAAAUUCCAAGAGAAAAGUACGGAACAAGGAAACUGUUCACUGAUUAGCUUCCUUGUAGUAUUUAUUAACACAUUGUUGAUGAAAGACUCCUAUUUUAUCUUGCUUAGAGAUAUCAGUACUGUUAGAAGUCAGAAAUAGUUUACUUAAGAUGUCUGUCUUUGUUGUAUAGGAAUUUGUUACGUUUGCAUAUUAGAUUGACUGUCAUUGCUUAUUUAUUUAGUUGCUACUUGGGGGCUGUGGAAACUCUAAAAGAGCCAAUCAAUGAAUUGUCUGCAAUGAGAAUUAGAACAUACUUUUCUGUACAAUUAGCUGACCAGACAUGAAGAAAUUUAUCUGUUCUCAUUGUUAUUUAGUAGCCCAUAGAGUCAUUGUAAACAUUGUCACUUUUAAUAUACAAAUUGAGUGAUUGCAGUGUUAUUUUCAAAAAUUGCAGAUUGAAUAAUUUUAUACUGAGCUCUGCAAAGGAAGGAGAGAAAAAUGUAAAAUAUGUUCGAUUAAAAACAACCACUUAUUUACAUAAGUAUUACUGUAAAAAUGUACUUCACGUGGCUAACUUUAAUGAGCUUGAAUGUGUUGUACCUGAGCUGUGCAUGAUACAUUUCUGUUCUGUUUAAAUAUUGAGUUGGCCUAAGAUGUACUGUAGCAUGACAUCAUGCACCAGGAAUCCUGGGAUGUGUUAACUUGUGCAUGUCCAUUUAGAUAUGUAGAAGGAUAAUGAUACCUGUUCUUGACUAAAGAUUUCUAUAACACAUGCAGGGCAUUUAAAAGCAGAUGUUUUCUUUUGAGUUGGAAAAUAAAUAUUACCACCUUUGAAUGAAAACGUGCAGGGAUGUGAUUUUUUCAUCUUUAAUCUGAAUCCAGUCGUUUUACAUGAGCUGGUUUGACAUUUAAUCCUUCCUUUUGAAAGUAUUUCUUUUAGAAACAUCUUUUGAGGUAUAUUUAAAAAAAAUUAAACUAGUUAUAAAUUGUAUUCAAACACGUGUGUCCUUAGUACAAUAUUGCCAAUUUAACUAAAAUUUAGACACAUCCCUGUCUUGAGAUUUCAGAAGUUCAGAGGUACCAUAAAAAUAUUAAAUAUAAACUUGAAUUGGCUUUAUCUAACAUAUAUUCUGAGCAAAUAUUUAAUGUUUGUGUUGCCUGUGUUGCUGCUCUCCAUCUAGUUCUAGUUCUGAUCAUGUUUCUGAUGUCAUUUCAUCAUGUCAUGUCACUUAUUCAGAUCUUAUUUGACUGAGUUGCCAAUACAAACAAGAGUGGGCACACUGACCCAAGUAAUUGUGUUGUAAAUGAACACCAGUUGUGACAUUUGCCCAUUAAAUUUCAGUUUAUCCAUUUUAAGCAGUGGAUAAUAUUUGAAGUUGAGCAUUUUUCCAAGCAUAAGUAGGCGAUUGAGUGAAAUAUGCCUCGUGAAAUAGAUUAACACGGAAUGUCACAUGAAAAUAAAUUGCUUAUUCACCUGGGGUUUUAGCACCCAGAGCAGGUAUGAGAGAGAGAGCUAAUGAAAAUGUAACCACUACAUUAUAUUGGUAAUUUAUGUAUUCCUGUAAAAUAGAUGUAUGUUUAGGCAUACCUCCUUGUUCAAAUAGCUGUAGAAUAUUAUAAACUAAAAGAUUACAUGUUAGUAAUUGUGAAUUGAAACUUUCACCUCUGUAAAGCAAUGCUCACUCUUGUCUUCAAGUAAUUGAAAAAUGUGCAAAGUCUCAAGUCCAAAUGUAAACAUUCUGGUUUUAAUAGCAUUGCAAUUAUAUGAUGUAUUGCAUUUUUUGGAAGGAUUAGUCUACUUGUUCUCUUUUACUGGUUAACCAUAUAAAGAACUAAUAUAUCUGUCCAAAUGAACUUGGUAAACUUAUUGUAUGUUUCCUUUUUCAGUAUGUAAUUGAUGCCUUGAAUGGCAUUAAAUCUCUUUUUGUUCUUAAAAGUAAAAUUCUGGACUUUG